AUGGCCGGACUAGACCAUCGUAUGGCUUCUGUCAAGCCUCGAUUGAAGUACAACACAAUUGGAGGUGUCAAUGGUCCCCUGGUUAUCCUAGACAAUGUCAAAUUCCCAAGGUACAACGAGAUUGUCAGCUUGACAUUACCGGAUGGCUCCCAAAGAUCUGGUCAAGUCCUCGAAGCCCGAGGUCACCGAGCAGUAGUCCAAGUCUUUGAAGGCACUACUGGCAUCGAUGUGAAGAAGACGAAAGUCGAGUUCACGGGUCACAGCCUCAAGAUCGGUGUCUCCGAAGACAUGCUUGGGCGUAUUUUCGAUGGUUCAGGAAGAGCUAUUGAUAAAGGCCCCAAAGUGCUGGCAGAAGACUAUCUAGAUAUUAACGGCAGUCCCAUCAAUCCAUAUUCUCGUGUUUACCCCGAGGAAAUGAUCUCAACCGGCAUCUCUGCCAUCGACGCAAUGAACUCAGUCGCUCGAGGACAGAAAAUCCCUAUCUUCUCAGCUGCUGGUCUGCCUCACAAUGAAAUCGCAGCUCAGAUUUGUCGACAGGCCGGUUUGGUCAAAAAGCCAACCAAGGGUGUGCAUGAUGGCCAUGAGGAUAACUUCAGUAUUGUCUUUGCAGCUAUGGGUGUGAACAUGGAAACAGCUCGUUUCUUCACAAGAGAUUUCGAGGAGAACGGCUCCAUGGAGCGAGUCACCUUGUUUUUGAACUUGGCCAGUGACCCUACGAUCGAACGUAUCAUCACCCCCCGUCUGGCGUUGACAACAGCAGAGUACUAUGCCUACCAGCUCGAAAAGCACGUCCUGGUCAUUCUCACUGAUUUAUCUGCGUACUGCGAUGCUCUUCGAGAAGUGUCUGCCGCCCGUGAAGAAGUCCCUGGCCGACGUGGUUAUCCCGGUUACAUGUACACUGAUCUUUCCACGAUCUACGAACGAGCCGGCCGUGUUGAAGGGCGAAAUGGUUCCAUCACUCAAAUCCCCAUCUUGACCAUGCCUAACGACGACAUCACACAUCCUAUCCCUGAUUUGACGGGUUACAUUACCGAGGGACAGAUCUUCGUCGAUCGACAGCUAUACAACAAAGGAAUCUAUCCCCCGAUCAACGUGCUCCCAUCUCUAUCUCGCUUGAUGAAGUCCGCCAUUGGCGAAGGCUUGACAAGAAAGGAUCACGGUGAUGUUUCGAACCAACUGUACGCCAAGUACGCCAUUGGUCGUGAUGCUGCAGCGAUGAAAGCUGUCGUGGGUGAGGAAGCCUUGAGCUCGGAAGACAAGCUUUCACUUGAAUUCUUGGAGAAAUUCGAGAAGCAGUUUAUUUCACAAAGCCCCUACGACAAGCGGACCAUUUUUGACAGCUUGGACAUUGGGUGGAACUUGCUCCGGAUUUUCCCCAAGGAGCUUCUGAACCGAGUCAACCCCAAGCUUCUCGAUGAGUUCUAUGCACGCAAGGGACACCAGAAGAAAGACAAGGCAGGCAAUAAGGACACCCGGGACAAUGUGGGUGGAGGGCGACAGGUGAAUGGCGAACAGAAUGGAGAGCCCAACCUGCUUGACGACUAA